GUAGCAGUUGAAAACUUAAAACCGCCAGUUUUAUCCUCUAGAUGAGCUCAUGAAGUUGGGAUUUAAGUGGUAGGUUUGAGGUCCAAAAAAUGCGUUUAGCAAUGUCCUCCUCAUCAGCUCUUCCUCUUCCUUUCUCUCCUUCAACUCUCUCACAAUCUCCAUCUUUAUCCUUAACCCAUCUCCCCAAUCACUCUUUUCUCCUCCUCCCCGACGAACCAUCCACUCUCUUCGACUCAAAACCCCGUACAAUUCGCUACCGUUUAAGCGAACUAUGCCGAAAAGGACAAACUCAUCUCGCCCGCCAACUGUUCGAUACAAUUCCUCAACCAACAACUGUCCUUUGGAAUACUAUUAUCAUUGGAUACAUUUGUAACAACUUGCCUCAUGAAGCUAUUUUGUUUUAUUCUAAAUUGAAACAUGCCGGUUCAUCGGUGUGUGAUCAGUAUACUUUCUCUUCUGUUCUUAAAGCUUGUGCGGAGACGAAAAGGAUACUUGUAGGUAAAGCUGUGCAUUGUCAUAUUUUGCGGUCUGGUAUUCAUCCUAGUAGGAUUGUGAGUAAUUCUUUGUUGAAUAUGUAUUCGAGUACGUGUGUUGGUUUGGAAAGUGGUUCGGAUUGUGAGUUGGUGGAAAGGGUGUUUAGAAUUAUGAGGAAAAGAAAUGUUGUUGCUUGGAAUACAAUUUUUUCGUGGUAUGUUAAAAGGAAGAGGUUUUCGGAAGCAGUUAAGUGUUUUGUUAUGAUGAUGAGUUUAGGUGUUAAGCCGAGUGUUGUUAGUUUUGUUAAUGUUUUUCCUGCUGUAUCAGAAGUAGGGGAUGUUAGAGUUGCUGAUGCUCUAUAUGGUUUGAUUGUGAAAUUGGGUAAUGAAUAUGUAAAUGACUUGUUUGUAGUUAGUGCUGCAAUUGUUAUGUAUGCUGAGCUUGGUUGUGUUGAUUUGGCGAGAAGAAUAUUUGACAAUACUUGUGAAAGAAAUACAGAGAUUUGGAACUCUAUGAUUAGCGGGUAUAUUCAGAACAAUUUUCCUUUUAAAGCAGUUGAUCUCUAUCUUGAAGCUGUAAAAGCAAAGGAUGCUGUUACUACUGAUGAUGUGACAUUUGUAUCCGCUCUUAUGGCAACUUCACAGUUGCAGCAUUUGGAGUUUGCCCAACAGCUACAUGCAUGUCUGGUAAAGAAAUGCAUGGAUUCACAGGUUAUUUCGUUAAAUGCUAUGAUAGCCACAUAUUCUAGGUGUAACCGUGUUGGCGAUUCAUUUAAAGUUUUUAAUGGAAUGAAGGACAGAGAUAUAGUGUCAUGGAAUACUAUGGUGUCUGCUUUGGUACAGAACGGACUUGAUAAUGAGGCUUUAAUGCUUGUAUACGAGAUGCAAAAGCUUAGGGUUGUAAUUGAUGAUAUAACAAUUACCAUCCUGCUUUCUGCUGCAUCAAAUCUCAGGGACAGGGAAAUUGGUAAACAGGCCCAUGCUUAUCUCCUGAGGCACAAUAUUCAAUUUGAAGGAAUGGACAGUUACCUGAUAGACAUGUAUUCCAAAUCUAAUAUGAUUAGAGAAGCACAAGCAAUAUUUCAGUCAAACUUCACAAAUGAUAAGGAUCAAGCCACAUGGAAUGCUAUGAUAGCUGGGAACACUCAAAAUGGAUUAAUUGAACAAUCCUUUGUUGUCUUCAAGGAGAUGCUUGACCAGAAUGUGAAACCAAAUGCUGUGACCUUAGCAUCAAUUCUUCCAUCAUGCAGCCAGGCAGGAAGUAUAGCAAUAGGCAAGCAGUUACAUUGUUUUGCAAUUCGUAAUUUUCUUGAAAACAAUGUUUAUGUUGUCUCGGCUUUGGUAGACAUGUACUCCAAAUCAGGAACAAUUGAUUAUGCUGAAAGUGUUUUUCAAAAAUCUCCUGAGAAGAACUCAGUGACAUAUACAAAUAUGAUUUUGGGAUACGGCCAGCAUGGGAUGGGCAAAAAAGCUCUAACACUGUUCUACUCUUUGCAGCAGAAUGGUUUAGACCCAGAUGCUGUUACCUUCAUUGCAGUCCUGUCUGCUUGCAGCUACACCGGAUUGGUUGAUGAAGGACUUCAAAUAUUUGAGCUGAUGGGCGAAGAAUACGGAAUUCAGCCGUCAGCAGAGCACUAUGCUUGUGUGGUUGACAUGUUAGGAAGAGUUGGACGGUUGGAUGAAGCUCAUAAUUUUGCUAAACAGUUGGGUGAAGAAGGUAAUGUCUUGGGAAUAUGGGGAUCACUCCUUGCAGCCUGCAGAGUUCAUAGAAAUUUUGAAUUGGGGAAAAUUGUUUCCAGUAAGCUGCUUGAAUUAGAGGGGAGUGACAGAAUUUCUGGUUAUCAUGUUCUACUUUCAAAUAUAUAUGCAGAGGAAGGAAACUGGCAAUCUGUAGAUAACCUCAGAAGAGGAAUGCGCAAAAUGGGGUUGUCAAAGGAGGUUGGGUGUAGUUGGAUUGCUACUUCUGGUUAUCCACACUCUUUUGUAUCUAGAGAUAAUAAGCAUCCUCAGUGCUGCAUGAUAUAUGAUAUGUUGGGAUGUUUAACCAUCAAUAUGAAAGAUGCUGGCUAUAAACCUAAACUUGAGCUAAUGGAAGGGUGGAUCUAUGGGCUAGAAGAAUAAAAAGCUAUCAGUUCUCCCACUAUGUACCUUACAUUUUUUGACAGGAUUUUGCUAGAGUUGACAUGAUCGUAGUUUAUCAAUGACCAGCUGCCUUUGAAAUUCGAGGCUCCACAUGGUUGCUUACAAGCUGCUUGUGGCAACUUAAAGUUAAUUAUUGUUCUUCACUUUCCAGAAGGGACAAAGGGCUUAAGGGCAUCACCUCUUGGAUUUUUCUCAAGAACAGGUGAAGCUCUUUUGAUGAGACCACUAACUCCGUUGUGCUCCAUGUUCUUGAAGAGAUAAUUCCUUCUUUUGCAAGCAGGUACUUCUGAGCAUGCUGCAGAUCUCUUUAUGAAUUUAUAUUACCUCUACACAUUAUCUAGUGUUGUUUAUUUUGACAUGGAAGGUAAAAUAUCAGGGGCAUGAAUGCUGUGUGACUCAGAGAAACUUAUUUCUAACCUAAUCUUCUACUUAUGAUCCAAAAAAAAAUAGAUCCUCUACUUUAAAGGUCCAACCGUCCAAUGACCUGACAGUUAUUGUAAUCUAAUCCUGUGGCCAAACCUCAAUGAUAUGAUUCCAGUUCAUUAGUUCAUUUAGACCAGUUGUAUUUCAGAAUUCAUUUGUAAAUCAUUUACACUAGCCGGUUGUAUUUAAAAACAGUUAGUCUGUUUUAGUGUAGUGACAGGAUAUGUGACUUAGCACAUGAUACACUUGUUCCCAAAGUUAGUUGUAACUAACUUUCCCUCCCCCUAGCUGGAUCUCAUAUAAGGAACUGAUUAACUAUUGUAAUAUUUAUUCAGAAAUUACACAGUGAAAUACAA